GCAGCAUUGUAGGAUCAGUGGUCAAGAAACAAACGGGAAAAACUCGACUGCCAGUUUGAAUGACUUCAGUGAUCCUGUUUACAAAGAGAUUGCUAUAACCAAUGGCUGUAUCAACAGAAUGACCAGAGAUGAGCUCAGGAGUAAACUUGCAGAGUUCAAGCUCGAAACCAGAGGAGUGAAAGACGUGCUGAAAAAGAGACUGAAAAACUAUUACAAGAAACAGAAGCUGAUGCAGAAGGAACCCAUUAAUGGAGAGAGCUACUAUGACUACAUCUGUGUUGUUGACUUUGAAGCAACAUGUGAAGAAGGAAACCCACCUGAAUUCGUACAUGAAAUUAUUGAGUUUCCUAUCGUCUUACUAAACACGCGUACCCUGGAAAUAGAGGAUACCUUUCAGCAGUAUGUGAAACCAGAGAUCAAUCCCAAGCUUUCAGACUUCUGCAUCAGUCUGACAGGAAUCACCCAGGACAUUGUUGACAAAGCUGAUACAUUUCCUCAAGUUCUGCAAAAUGUGGUAGAGUGGAUGAGACAGCGAGAGCUGGGAACAAAGUAUACCUAUUCCAUGUUGACAGAUGGAUCUUGGGAUAUGAGUAAGUUUUUGAACAUCCAGUGCCGUAUGAGCCGUCUCAAAUACCCUUCUUUUGCCAAAAAGUGGAUCAAUAUUCGCAAAUCAUAUGGGAACUUCUAUAAGGUUCCUAGGAACCAGACCAAACUGACAAUCAUGCUGGAAAAGCUGGGCAUGAGUUAUGAUGGGAGACCACACAGUGGACUUGAUGACUCGAAAAACAUUGCAAAGAUAGCUAUAAGGAUGCUGAAGGAUGGCUGUGAACUGCGAGUGAAUGAGAGAAUGCACGCUGGACAGCUCAUGACUGUCUCCUCCUCAGCCCCCUUAGAGGGAGCCCCUGCUCCACAGAUGCCCCGCUACAGAAACUAGGGGCAGGUCAGGGGUUGUGCCUUAGGGACUGCUCUCAGACACCGAAGACUGUUAAGAGUUUAAUAAACAGCCACCUCUGCCAACCUGUCUGCAAUGCAGAAUCCAAAAGCACCUUAAUUAAUCAUCUCUGAAAUAGAGGAGUGAAAGCUCUUUGCUCUUUGAAGCU